GUAUUAAUAGCAAUAGUAAAGUACUGUAUUUGACUACCAGUGCCUCAAACACUCAAUGCAUAGCACACUAACUAAGUUUUGAACACUUGUGGGAUGUGUCGGCUCAUUCACUGCCUUAAUGUUAUUAUUAUUAUUAUUUGUUGUGUUUAUUAAAUUUUUUUUUAUUGACUUACAGUUAUAAUAUUAUUACAAAUAUAGUUUACAAUAAAUGAUUACUCGAUUGAAUUGCAAAUUAAUUUUUUAAAUAAUAAAUUGAGUGGAAAUUAUUUAAAUGACUUUUUAAUUGAUUAUAAAUAAGACACGUAUUAUUGAAAUCAAAAACUAGUGCACAACCAGUGCCUGACAUCUCAAUUGUUAUGUCAGUCUUUCAUUCAAAUAAUUCAAUAGUUCGUGAAUAUGUUGACCCGGGAUGUGAUACCACUGAUAGUAUGUCUGAAACAUGCAAUCCUAGGUAUAGUUCCCUGAAUUUUAGUCCACUGAAUGUCCACUAUGUGGCCGAUGUCUAUGAGGCCCAGUCUGAGGAGCAAACCAUGCAAUUGAAUGUCUCAUUGAAUGAAUGCACAAUUGAAAACAUGAGUGACAGCUCAUCCCAUUCCCCAUCUGACGGAACGAUAACGACUGUCCACAACAACAAUGACUUAAAUAAUAAAAAGAGUAUCGUCUGUGGCGUUGUCUUAGUGGACGACCGCAUAUCGGCCACCAAUGCUGUCAAUUAUGAACCGAUUCGCAAAAAUUCAGUCAUUUUAGGAUCAAUUGUCUUAAAUCAUUAUAACUAUACGUGUGAAGACCUACGCAAACGCAUUUAUAACCAACUGUCCACUGUUUGGGACACAAAAAUUAAGUUCAAUUUUCUCUCUAAAGAGGGGUGGCCAAUAUUAGCAAAUCAAGAGAAUAAAGUGUUUGCAUUCAAUAUAAUCACUCAAAACCAUGUAAUUGCAAUUCGCAAAGUUUAUGAAAAGCCACGUUUGGGUAUUAGGAAUGCAAACGGAGACUGUUUUGGAUUCAUUUUUGUUGAAUAUUCGUGGGAUUUGCGAAAAUUAAGACGUGAAAUGAAUGACCACUUUAAGAGACUCGGAUUAAAUAGCAAUACAAUUGAAUACACUUAUAUAGAGAGGAAUGGUUGGCCAGUGGCCCCAAUCCAAGAAAGUGAUCUCACAGUUUGGGAUAUCAUUAUUAAUCAAAGCAUUUGCAUACAAAGCGGUCCAUUAAGAAUGUCUUCAUCGUCUGAAACAAUGAGACCGAUUGAAAACAAUCAACAAUUGAAUGCUUUGCCAUCAGUUAAACCCUCAGUAAACGAUGAUUUGCUUAGUAUUACACAAAAAUCAUUUGAUAAUAAUAUGACACAAAUCGAUUCAGCCAUUGUUCCCGAAAGAAGGAACUGGAAUAAGAAAUCAACAAAAAAGAAGACUUUAAAUAUUAGUUUUAAACAAACAACAGUAAAACGAAACGAAAAGUUGUCUCGAGCUAAGUCAGUAAAGGGGGGCAAAGAUAUCGGUAUUAUUAUGAUUAGUUAUGCCCGACAAGAGGCUGCACAACACGCACUCAUUCUUAAAGAUAAAUUAAUUAAAUUGGAUUAUAAUGUUUAUUUGGAUGUGCACGAAAUAAAGCACGGAAGUGAUUGGCAGGACUCGCUUAAUAAUGCGGUCAGAAAUUGCACUUUUUUUGUACCACUGGUCACACCUAUGUAUGGAAAAACUCAAUGGACUAAUAGAGAAGUUAAAUUAGCCGAUAUUUUAGGCAAAACCAUAAUUCCUAUUAAUUUUCUUGAUACCUGGCCACCGGAUUGUUUAGCUAUUCAAUUUGCGACCACUCAAUACAUACCAUGGAAGCCAACAAUUAGUGAUCAUGAGAGUCCAAUAUCUAAAUCUAAUCCCGAUAUUAAAGUAUGGGACGAAUUGUACAUUAAAAAAGUGUCCGAUUUUCUCGAUGAAAUGAUGAAUGAUAUGAAAAAUAAUAAACAAACAAAUUUGUUGGAAAAAAGUUUAGUCAAUCAAAGUGCGGAAUCACUUCGUGCACUGACAAUAUCACCGAAAACUAUCAAUGAAAUCGAUGGACCAAAACAUAACGAUAUUAUUAAUAAACCUUUAAUUGUGAUCAGUGCUCAUCCGCAACAAAAGUCAAUUGUUUGUAAAAUUAAAUCAUUAUUAAGUGAUGACUAUAACAUUUGGUGCUCUAUUGAUCUCUACGAGACCAUCAAUGAAGACGAUUUAGCCAACAAUACGCCGCCGUAUACUCCAAACCAAUUGCCAACUAUUGAUGAAACAAAGGAAACUGAGUUCAAUGAGGACUAUAAGAUUGUCGCCCGAAAAAUAGUCGAUCAGUUUAAAAGCAAUAAUAAUAAACAGAGACCCAAAUCAAUGCCUAAUCAUUGCGAUAGUAUAGUGAUUGAACCAAAGAGGCCAUUGACCCGAUUGGCCUCACAGACGAGUGAAACAAGUCAUUUAUCUUCACUAUCACCCGACACUAUUGACAGACUCAGACAAUUCAAAGAGCAAACCAAUUCCGCACGAGUUGUCAUUAUUAUAGGUUCUGAUGACUACUACAAGUCGACCGCAUCCAAACAACAGGCCUACUAUUGUGAGCACCGACACAAAUAUAUAUUAGUUCGCUGUGACAACGGUUCCCAAUCAGUCGACUUUCAUUUACUUAAAAUUAUUACCAAAGACCAGUCUCUGUUUGUAGAUAAUCCACGUUUCGAUGAGUUACUUAAAUCUAGAGUAAAGAGAACAGUAGAUCCGUCCACCAAAGCACCAGACGAUGAAUUACAUGAAUCAAAACUAAAAUAUUUGGUAGAAUUUAUGAAAACAAAUUUGCCAGUUCUUGAAACGUGUGUAUAUGUCGUGGGAAGUACAAAAAUUCAAAAGAGUCGAUCGGAAGAAAUUUGUAGAGCAAUUGGUGUUGAAUUAGCUAAAGUCAAGAAUGUCAAUGUAGUGACCAAUGGUUUCUACGGCGUCGGCGAUAUAGUGGCCACUAGCUUUCAUGAGGCCAGAUCUAAAACUUGCAGUAUAUUACCGAUUAAUCCAAAUUGUGAUCGUAAAUCCAAUGAUAUCAACAAUACCCCCAACUCUUUUGAGUCAUCAGUCGUACACAUUGUUCCGAUGAAGGAUUCGCAAGACUUAACUGACAAAUGUCGUCAAAACUGUGACGGAUCCUUUGAAGCGGUUCCAUACGGAAAGACUAUAUUUCUUGGAAAGUCAGUCAAAGAGAGGGAGAGUGCAGUGGCCCGGAUGCUCGACACUUGUAUUCUUAUAGAAGGCGGACCAGGUUCCGCGCGUGAAAUUGAGGAAUUCAUAUGGAAUGACCAUUUUGUGAUACCAAUCAUCUCAUCGGGUGGUGCGGCCAGUGGCCAAUUCAAUGUACCGCAAAAGAUAUUUGAUUGUCCGCACGGUGUUUCCGAGAAAGACUGGACCAUUUUGGCCGCUCCCGAUGAAUCGCCAGAAGUGGUGGCCAAAGCUGUCGUUAAUAUAGUAGUGGCACUCAAGAAAGCAAUCGCUUCGCACGCUAUGAGCAAACUACAGGUCCCUCUUAAAGUCAAAUCAAAACUAAUGAGAAACAGAUCCGGAAAGAAAAAGUUGGCUGAAAGAAGAAAAGUCAGAAUCAAUGCAAUCAAUGCCGCAAAUACUUUGUUAGAAACUCCUGAGUUGAAUGAGGGCCAGCACUCACCAGAAAAGAUAUUACCAGUAAUUCAAGCCAUUAUGGAUAAUAACCAUAUAGUAAAUGAUACAAAAACAAGUAAAUGGAAACGUAUGCAAAAAUUAAUGACAUUUUCUAACAAAAAAUGUUAAAACAAUUCAUUUUUAUUUAACCAUUUAAUUAUUAUAUUUUAAUAAAAUUCAAUUUACAUACUUUUUCAUUUUACAUAAUUUAA